CAGCAGCCGCUCCUCCUCCACUACGAGCGUGUUCACGGAUUAUAGGCUGAUAUAUUUCUGUCUCCUUCAGGCUCAAGUGUCUAAAAGCUUCCCUUCGACACAGGAGGGGGUUUCUCAGGCAUGACCUGAGGAGAGAAGAGGAGAGGAGAGGAGAGGGGAGGAGAGGAGAGCCAGCCAUCGACAUGGGAAACCAGGAGGCGAAGCAGAGGAAAGCUGCAGCAGCGUCUGGUAAUGGAAGCUACCCUUCACUGGAUGAAGGAUGGAGGGAGGGAGGAGGGGAUGUGACAAAAAAGGGGGGCAAGAAACAUGUAAAGCAUGGAGGGAAAGGAACGGGAGGCAGCGGAGGAGGAGGAGGAGGGGGAGGGACGGGAGCAGGAAAGAAGAAAAACAAAUCUGAGUCCAAGUCUUCUGUUUUCUCCAUCCGCAAAAGAAAAGGGAACCUGAAAGGGAAAGCCUGUUCAUCGGUGACGGGCUCAAAGGAGGACGUUUUGGUGUCUCAGCAUGACGAACUGGACAGCAGCAAGACACCUGACCUGUCCGGGGACGAGCUGGGACAGUCAGACACAGAGGCGGUCGUCCCCGGGAAGAAGACAGCAGGACGAGAGACAAAGGAGGGAGAUGCAGGAGAGAAGCAGGAGGAGCGGAGGAAGGCGUCCACCGCCGCCACGUCUCCGGUGGAGGACGGAGGACACAAGGCAGGCAGCUCCGGCUCCGACACCGACAUCUACAGCUUCCACUCGGCCGCCGACCACGAGGACCUGCUGGCAGACAUCCAGCUGGCGAUCCGGCUGCAGCAUCAGCAGCACCGGGGCGGCGGCGCCGGCGGGGAGCAGGGCUGGGGGGCCGGAGACGACAAAAGGAAGCAAAGCAACGGACUGGUGAGGCUGACCCCCCCUGAGGUGCUUGACCUGACCCCAGAACUGGAGCUGGGGUCGGACGCCCUGUCCUUCCUGGAGCAGGGUCCUCAGUCCAGCUCAGGGAGGCGUGCAGAGCUCCCCGCCCCCUCCGAGGUGGAGGUUAGGGAGGAGGAGGGGGUGGAGCAGGGGCUCAGGGAGAUAGAAGCCCCUCUUUGUACAGCCCUGGGCAUAAAGGACCAGCAUGCUUUGCAGCAGCAACCCCCUCACACAGACAUCUCCAUGGUGACUUCAGGGGGGGCAGCAGGCAGCCCUGUCACCAUGGCAACCGGUGACAGCAACAACAAAAGUCCCCAAACCACCACCGUCCACAAUUCAGGGACGAUGCUUGAAGACGGCGAGGGUCACCUGGGGUCCGGGACCAGCGCCGAGUCCCUGGAGGACUGUCUGAGCGCCCCCGCCGACGGCUCAGGCUCCGCCCCCUCCGAGCAGCAGGUCAGGAGGAGCAGCGUCUGCUUCAGCCCCCUGCACACACAGGACAGCCCCACCCUGGCCAAACGGCUGCUCAGGUCCACCCACUCCUCAUCCUCCAGCCCCGUGGUCAAACCCUACCCCCCCAUCUUCCCCUCCUACAUCAAGACCACCACCCGACAGCUGAGCUCCCCGGGACACUCCCCCGCCCUGUCCCCCUCCCACAGCCCUCUGUCCCCACGCAGAGCCCACCAGCAGCUGCACAGGACGGCGGUGCGCCGGCAGCGCUCCCGCAGCCUGGCCGGGCCUCUGAGCCGCUCGGCCGACUGGACGGAGGAGCUGGAGAGGAGGCUGAGGAGCAGAGAGGAGGAUGCAGGAGGAUCCGGGGGGUCCGGGGAGUAUCUGCUGGGCUACCGAGGAGGCAGUCAGCCCAUCUGUGGGACCAGGAGGUCCUCCUGUGGACAGGUCUCCACCUGCAGCUUUCAGGACGUCUUCACAGGGCGAACCCUUCUGGAGAAGCUGUUCCUGCAGCAGCAGCAGGAGGAGCCGGAGGAGGCGGAGAGGCUCUGCUCCAGGAUCCUGGCCAUGGGCCUCCUGCUGCCCUUCACAGACUGCUUCAGGGAGCCGCUGGGGGGCAGCACGGCCCACAUCACCUCUGCCACGUCAGCCAAGUUUGACCAUGACCAACUCUACACCUGGGCUGCGGUCAGCCAGCCGCCACAUUCCCUGGACCCUCUGGACGGGAGGCUUCCAAGUGUCAGGUGCCCCUGGCCCCCAGCCAAGCCUGGAGCAGAGAGCACAGCUGAACUGGCACGCCGAGAGGAUAUAAGGAUGCUGGACAACCUGAUAUCCCAAGCGGUUCGGCUGGACAACCACACCCGGGAGGUCAGCCCAGCAAAACCAAAGCCUUGUCUUUACCCCCUCACAGGCCCUACGACUGCCAUCAAACUGGUGAAAGGGGCGACCUUGCCGUCGGGGAGAUUUUACAGCCUGUCGGGUCCCGAGAGGGAGGCCGUAGAGGUCUACAUCAAGGAUGCACUGAAGGCCGGGAUCAUCCGACCCUCCUCAUCACCUCUCAGGGCAGGCUUCUUCUUCGGAGCCACCAUCUUUACUAAGCUGGACUUGCGCAAUGCGUACCACCUGGUCCGCAUUUGUGAGGGGGACGAGUGGCUGACGGGGUUCAAGACACUGGUGGAACACUUUGAGUACCUGGUCAUGCCCUUCAGCCUCACCAAUGCCCCAGCAGUUGACGACAUCCUGGUGUUCUCUAGAUCUAAGGAGCAUGUCAACCACGUCCGGCAGGUGCUACAGAGGCUCCUGGAGAACCAGCUGUAUGUCAAGGCAGAGAAAUGUGAAUUCUUCUCUGCCUCCACAUCAUUCCUGGGGUUCACCAUCGCGGAGGGCUCGAUCCAGGCGGAUCCAGCUAAGGUCAAGGCGGUGGUGGACUGGCCGGUCCCCCUCAACCGCAAGCAACUGCAACGCUUCCUGGGAUUUGCGAACUUUUAUACGUGCUUCAUCAGAGGCUACAGCCAGUCUGAGGAGGCUGGGAGGGCCUUCGCCCAACUCAAGGAGUGCUUCGGCAGUGCCCUCAUCCUGAGACAGGUGGACCUGGUCCAGCAACUCAUUAUGGAGGUGGAUGCAUCUGAUGCUGGAGUCGGCGUUGUCCUUUCGCAAAGGUCAUUGGACGAUGAGAGGAACUACAGCGUGGGGGACCGGGAGCUGCUGGUGGUCAAACGCCCCUGGUCUCAUAUCGCUCUGGACUUCGUCACGGGCCCUCCCCCCUCCUGUAUCCUGAUGAUCGUGGACCGGUUCUCCAAUCUUUCCUCCGGGUACCACCCGCAGUCUAAUGGCCAGACUGAGCACGCCAAUCAAGCCAUGGAGACGGUCCUGCGCUGCGUGACGGCUUCCAAUCCUGCGCUGUGGAGUGGCCUGCUUCCUUGGGUGGAGUACUCCCUCAAUACGUCUGUGUUGGUGGCCACGGGUCGGUCCCCGUUCGAGGUGGCUCUGGGGUGGAUUGACGGAGGGCUCACCUACAUGGUGCGCCGGAUCCUGGAUGUCCGGCGUCGGGGCCGGGGCUUCCAGUACCUGAUUGACUGGGAGGGAUGCUGUUGGUUCUUACAGAUUCUGUCUCUUCUGUUCCAGCAGGAGGAAUCUGUCCUUCCGUCCACCAAGCUGAAGGAGAAACAUGUGAAUGUCAUUCAGCAGCUGGAACAGACCAUCGAAGACCUCCGGACCAAGAUCGCCGAGCUGGAGCGGCAGCCGCCUGUGGCGGACAGCGUGAGAGUCCCCGCCUCCACCACGGACCGGGAGUGUGGGAGCGAGGAGGGCGUGCUGGUGGCGGUGUGCGACGCCCACCUGCAGACAGAGGGGGCGCUGUCGCUGGGCGGCCUGGAGGCCAAGUCGGUGCAGACCUCGCCCAUGGACGACAGCUUUAAAUUCAAAGUGCCUUCAAGCAGCGAGGCGGCCGGAGCCCCGGAGCUGCAGCCUGGACGGGACGCCUUCCACUGCUCCUGCCCGCUGCACCCGCCCGCUCCACCUCCUCCUCCAUCCUCACCGGGGUGCUCCGUGCCGGGGCCUCCACCUCCACCACCACCUCCCCUUCCAGGUGGACCCGCUCCCCCUCCCCCUCCCCCUCCCCCUCCUCCACUUCCAGCAGGUCUCAUCCAGCCACCCCCUCCUCCUCCACCCCCAUUACCAGGACUUGGUGGUCCACCUCCACCUCCUCCUCCACCCCCAUUACCAGGACUUGGUGGUCCACCUCCACCUCCUCCUCCACCCCCAUUACCAGGACUUGGUGGUCCACCUCCACCUCCUCCUCCACCCCCAUUACCAGGACUUGGAGGUCCUCCGCCCCCUCCUCCUCCACCACCCCCUCCAGGCUGUGGGCCUCCUCCUCCUCCUCCUCCUCCUCCUCCACCAGGAGCUACCUGCCCUCCUCCAGCCCCUCCAGGAGCCCUGGGCUCCCUGCCUCCCCCUCUGCCCCUGGGACUGUACUCUCUGGGUCUGACUCAGGAGAAACCUCCCAGAAAGGCUGUGAUGGAGCCUCCCAGACCCAUGAAGCCCCUCUACUGGACAAGGAUCCAGCUCCACACCAAAAAGGAAGCGUCGUCAGUGCUUGUGUGGGACACCAUCGAGGAACCUGAUGUGGACUUCCAGGAGUUUGUGGAACUGUUCUCAAAGACUGCAGUGAAGGAGAAGAAGCAGCCACUGUCUGACACCAUCACCAAGUCCAAGGCCAAGCAGGUUGUGAAGCUACUGAACAAUAAGCGUUCUCAGGCAGUGGGAAUCCUCAUGUCCUCCCUGCACCUGGACAUGAAGGACAUCCAGCAUGCCAUUCUGAACUUGGACAACACAGUGGUGGACUUGGAAACCCUGCAGGCGCUUUAUGAAAAUAGGGCGCAGCAGGACGAGCUGGACAAGAUCGAGAAGCACGUCAAGUCGUCGAAAGACAAGGAAAACGCCAAGCCUCUGGACAAACCUGAACAAUUCCUCCUGCAGCUCUCGCUGAUCCCGAACUUCUCCGGCAGAGUGUUCUGCAUCCUCUUCCAGUCCAGCUUCACGGAGUGCAUGUCGUCCAUCACCAGGAAGCUGGACAUCCUGCAGAGGGUGUGUGAGGCGCUACAGGACAGCGAGACUGUGAAGAAGGUCCUCGGUCUGGUUCUGGCCUUCGGGAACUACAUGAACGGUGGGAAUCGAACCAGGGGCCAGGCUGAUGGCUUCACCCUCGACAUCCUCCCCAAACUCAAAGACGUGAAGAGCAGCGACAGCGUGAGGAGUCUGCUGUCCUACAUCGUGGCGUACUACCUGAGACACUUCGACGAGGAUGCUGGCAGAGAGACGUGUGUGUAUCCUAUCCCGGAGCCUCAUGAGCUGUUCCAGGCCUCACAGAUGAAGUUUGAGGAUUUUCAGAAGGAUCUGAACCGACUCAGGAAGGACUUAAGAGCGUGUACAUCAGAGGUGGAAAAAGUGUGUAAAGUGUCUGAUGAAGAGAACCUGCAGCCUUUCAAAGACAAGAUGGAGGAGUUCCUCGCUCAGGCUAAACGUGAACUGGAGGCUCUGGAGGCUCAGCUCAGCAGCACCCACAAAGUGUUCCUGGAGCUCUCGGUCUUCUUCUCUGUGAAGGCCAAAGGAGGAGAGAAAGAGGUUUCCCCCCACACCUUCUUCUCUGUGUGGCAUGAGUUCUCCUCGGACUUCAAGGACCAGUGGAAGAAGGAGAACAAGGCCAUCCUGACAGAGCGGCUGAAAGCAGCAGAGGAGAGUUUCCGACAGGCCAAGGAGAAAGCGUCCUACAGCGUCAAGCCGAAACAUGCUUCUGGCAUUAAAGCUAAGCUUGGCAUGAAGAUCUGACUCCGUGGAAAGAAGACAUCGAGCAAGAGGGAUCGUUGUGUGGAACUGUGUCCACAUUGCACAUUUUAUUUGAUUGAC